GUCACAGGUGAGUGACGGUUCAGAAAAAUGCGAAUAGAAAUCGUGAAUAGCUACACAACAAUUCAACCUAAAAUUUAAGUACAUAUUUAUAAUUUGUAGUACAUCUACUUUAACAAUUCCUGAUGAAUUCCACAUCCUGGGAGCCCAAAAUAAAUAAGUAAUCUUCUUUUUUCGUGAAUAUGUUUAGUUUAAAACUGCGCAAGAUUCUAAACGCGUCACUGAUUAGCGGCGUAAACAAAAUAUGCAGUAGAAAAAUGCAUAAUUCCCUUCGGCGACGCGGAUCACUAAAUUGUAAAAAGAGGUUAUUUUCCGCUUUUACAAAGAGUGAAAAUAUGAAUGACCGGAUAUUUAAGUUUACCCAUUAUGACUGUAUUGGAUUUGAUUUAGAUAACACUUUGGCGAGGUAUAAAGUAGGAGCUAUGAUUGAAAUGGAAUAUGACAUUUUAGCAAAUUACCUUGUUCAUAACAAGCAAUAUUCCGCAAAACAUCUACUAAAGCCUUUAGACCACAACUUCAUUAUUAAAGGGCUGAUAGUGGAUAACGAAAAUGGAAACCUACUCAGAAUUUCUGGAGAUGGAACCAUCAUACAAGCAACACAUGGUACAAAGUUUCUGUCUCAAGAAGAGAUAAAAAAAUUUUAUCCAAAUUUUCGUUGGAAAGCUACAGACUUGUUUACUGAAAAUCCUCUUCAGACCUGGAAUGGGCCUUACUCAGAAAAAAUGAGAACUUUACUUGAUUAUUAUGAUAUUAUUGCUGGUUUGGUAUUUGCCAGGGCUGUUGAUUCAAUAGAUGAGGGUAGUUGUGAUAUCAAAUUAUACAAUAUUUGGCCAGAUUUAUUAGAAGCCUUACAAGAUAUGUUUGAUAGAGAUCAUUUUCAAAAUGAGAAAGGAAAAUAUUUUGCUGAAAUGAAAGCACAUCCAGAAAAGUACUAUUACCCAUGUAGUCCGAAUUUGCUUAGUUGGCUCAGUUCAUUGAGGGAGAGGGGGAAGAUGAUUUUUUUGAUUACUGGUUCAUUUGUUGAUUUUGCAACUCAUACAGCCAGCCACACUAUAGGAAAAAACUGGAGAGAUUACUUUGAUAUUGUUGUAACCUUUGCUAAAAAACCUAGCUUUUUCACAGAACGUAGGAGUUUUAUUGGUUUGCAUGGUUUUAAAGAAACAGGACCCAUAGACCUCAAACAACUUGCUUUAGGUGGUAUAUAUACUCAUGGAAAUUGGACAGACUUGAAAGAGUUUUUCCGAAUGCACAAUAAUAUUAAAAAACCAAGAUUCCUAUAUGUUGGUGACAAUUUAGUCCAAGAUAUAUAUGCCCCAAAUGUAUACGCCCAAUGUGAAACUGUGACUGUCUGUGAAGAGUUAGAAGCUGAAGGCGUCUACGGACAUGAGAAGUGGCACCCUGAUGAACAAUUUCUAUGUUCCACUGUGUGGGGUUCUUAUUUUAAGUGCAAAGACUCUGGGAGAGUCACAAAUUGGUAUGACAUUAUGAAGAAACAUUCUAAAUUUUUUGUGCCUAGCAUGGAAUAUGUUGCAAUGUUCCCUGUUGAUCAGGAAUUUCAGAAAAACUUGUAUUAAACAAUUAUCUCUUUAAAGAAAUAUGGAAAUAUUUAUUGUUUUCUUGUUACAACCUUUUAUAAAACAUGUAG